AUGAUAACAUGCGGUUACAAAAAUGGCGACCCGGCAGCCCGGAUGACGACAGUCGGGUCUGGCAGUGUGUGUCGCUUCAGUACCCAAAAGGGCCUUUGGGACAUAUGUCAGAGUGCCGGCUACUCCAGAUGUACCUCUCCCUGGCGAUGUCGUGAUCAGCAUGAGUGCGCAGGUGGCUGCGCGAAGACAGAGAACCCCAAGUUCAGAAUGACAUCCUGGUCCUACAAACCCAUAACGCUUGGCAAGUAA